GACCCAUAUUCAAUUGAAAGGAUAGCCUCUUAAACAAUUGACAGCUCACAAGAUGUCUACAUGCCCGUCUACUCCGUCAUCCUCCGCGAUUUCACUGGCACCCUCCGAGGCGACCACGGCUUCGACAAACUCGACAGCUACCUUGCUGCCGCACAAACAGAGUAAUGGCGCGAGCAGCUCUAUUCCUUCAAAAUCCACGUCAACACCAAAGAUAUUUGAGGAUGGCUUGGUAUCCUUGACAGCUUCAUAUGGAUUCGGCGGCAUGGCGCCUAUGCAGCCGCCAAAGAAAGAGACGAAGAAGAAGGCUGACACCGCACCCGCGGCGGGGAGCUCAUCUGACACCCGGUCUUCAUCUUCCAGUUACAAGUUCAAGUCGUGGUUCACAUCAAAAUAAAGUGCUUGCCACAGAUUCUUUUAGUCAUUGGUUGUAUCCUUUAUUUAUAUGAGCCGCUUGCCGAUACAAGACCCGAGAUCUCCCAGUGAUGCUGAGGCGUUCGCAAUUGAAGUUGCCCAGUUUACGUUCGCAAAUCAAUAAUCUUCCAUUCAUACGACACGUUCCAGAUAUUUAUUAAUAUCAAUCGUCAUGCACAUAUUGAUUGUGUAAUAUACUACAUACGUAUUUUUAUGCUGAAUGUUGACACUGGCC